AACACAACAUAGGAGCCAUACAUCAAUUUAAAAAAAGAGUGUAGUAAGUUUCAGUUUGUGUAAUUUUCUUUAAUAAGAUUUGAAGUUUAAGUUUGUCAUUUUUUUUCACUAAUGCAGCUGCAACAGCUGUUGCAAUUGGGCUAAUCAUGAUAAUGCUGCUCUUCUGCCUAAAGAAGUUUCCAAUAAAAAAAUUAAUCUUCUUCUGGAAGAAGCAGAAUCCUGCUCAUCGAAACAUUGAGACUUUUCUAAGGAACUGUGGGCCACUCCAAGUUAGAAGAUAUAGCUUUUCUGAGGUUAAGAAAAUGACCAACUCCUUCAAAGAAAAAUUAGGCCAAGGAGGUUUUGGUAGUGUCUACAAAGGAAAGUUACAUGACGGCUCUCUUAUUGCUGUGAAGGUGUUAAAUGAAUCAAAGACCACUAAUGGAGAAGAUUUCAUCAAUGAGGUGGCAACCAUUAGCAGAACUUCUCAUGUCAACAUUGUCUCUUUAUUGGGUUUUUGUUUUGAUGGUGCAAAAAAAGCUCUCAUUUAUGAGUUCCUGGUUAAUGGAUCUCUUGAGAAAUUCGUUUUCGAUGAAAACUCAAUCGAAAAUGACUACAACUUGGAUUGGGAAACAUACUACCAGAUUUCACUUGGCAUUGCUAGGGGAUUAGAGUACUUGCAUCGCGGUUGCAACACAAGGAUCUUGCAUUUCGAUAUCAAGCCUCACAAUAUUCUUCUUGAUGCAGAAUUUGUGCCCAAAAUCUCAGAUUUUGGCCUGGCUAAGAUUUGUAGCAGACAGGAAAGUCUAAGCUCUAUGUUGGGUCCAAGAGGGACUAUUGGAUACAUUGCUCCUGAAAUCUUUAGUAGAAACUUUGGAGUGAUUUCGUACAAGUCUGAUGUCUAUAGUUAUGGAAUGAUGGUCUUAGAAAUAGUUGGUGGAAGACAAAAUGUCAAUGUCCAAGAUAAUAAUACUAGUGAAAUAUAUUUUCCACAUUGGGUUUAUAGACGACUCGAAUUGGACGAAGAAGUUAGCCUGAAGAGAAUUAGUGAUGAAGAAGAUAAAAGAAAAGUGAAGAAGAUGAUAAUUGUGAGCUUGUGGUGUGUGCAAGCUGACCCUGCAAACAGACCAACCAUGAGCAAAGUGAUAGAAAUGUUGGAAGGGAGUGUUGAUUCCUUGCAAGUACCACCCAGUCCUUUCUUGUCUUCUAGUUCAACUUCACUUUCUGCUGAGUUUUCUAGCAGUACAUUUUUAUAGUCCUAAAUAAGAAAGUAAACUCGUCUUGAUUUUACCGAGUGCACUUGAUCAAAAUUGUGACAAUAUGUUAUUCAUCAGCUAAUACAUCAAAAUGAAUAAAAAAGUUAAUAGGAAAAUUGUUAUGUGAUUCA